GGUGCUUGCUGCCGUGUGUGCGGUACGGUCAAACAGACGAGAGCAACCAAACCGAACGGAUCGAAAACAAAAACACCCUCUGCCGGGUCGCACGGACCCGCAGCGUGUAACGCACAACGACAAUCGGGUUAAGGCAAGCAAGAAACAAACAAAAGAAAAGGGAAACAAGCAAAAAUAAGGAAAAGAACGAGAACGGAGAAACGAACGCUGUGAACGCACUCCAGUGCGUUGUUGUGGCGUGUGUGCGCGUAAAUGCUGCACCCAGUUUGAUGUGUAAAUGUUACAUUUGUUCUGCGGCGGUGAGCAAAACCCCCAAACUACUACGGUGUGCCUGAGAGUGGGUGUGUAGUGCAUAUCUCAAAAAAGAGAUAGUGUGUAGAGCUAGUAAAAGAGUGUACGAAACAGUAACGAACCCUAUUGCCGCCGGUGCACCAGCAGCAGUAGCAACAGCAAUUGAUGCGGGUGAUGCGCGAUGUAAGUGUGAACGGUUUGGAAUUGGGCUUGCUAUUUGAUUGCUUCUCUGUUUGGGGCUGGGCGGGAGAGGAGGGAGGGGUGAAAGCGACAAGAGUUAGUGACCAAGACGCAAACAUACACAAACAGGAAAGUGGUAAAGAAAAUUGAGCCCAGGCAAGAAUCACCAUUUGCUCUUACCCCCAAUCAACCCUUAACGCGGUCUUCAUCUCGCUGUCGCUGUUUCUUAGUUGGGUGGACUCGACCCGCACAAACGAGUCGAGAGAAAGCGACCAGAGUAAGCAAGUGAGUGAGUGGGCGAUCGUAAGUGUGCGUGCGUGUGUGUGUGUGUUGGCGAGUGUGCGUACGAGCGGAUUUGCUCUGGAGGCAGAAAAGCCACUGGAUCUGGAGGACCUUCAUCCGUCAAUCAAGCAUAAGAGCAGAACAGAACAGAUCAACAGCACACAGACGUCGCAGAUAACGCGUCCAUCCAUCAAGCCCAUCCAUCAAGCAUCGAGCGAAACGGCCGCCCGCCCGCCCGGCUCCGCACUUUCCGGACUGAAGUCUACUUGUGAGUUCUCCCCACACAGCACGACCAGAUGCCGCACGGGACGGGUGGAAUGUCACAACUGGCGGGGCGUCGACGCCCGGACGGACGGACGACAGGGGGGCGCCGGGGCAGGGUGCCGACGACGACGCUGGUGCUGCUCGCGAUCCUGCUGCAACUGAUGGAUCUGGGGGAUGGGCCGGGCGGCGGUGGCGGCACGAUGCUGGUGGCGGCGGCCUGUGAGCCGCGGGCCAGCUGGUGGGACCCGACCGUGGACGAUUGCGUCCCGUGCCGGGUCUGUGCCGACCAUCAGGUCGUGCUGCGCCCGUGCCAGGACUACAUGAACACGGUGUGCGGCACGAUGAAGGACCUGACGGCGUCCGCUCAUCGCCCGUACCCCCAUCUGCCCGAGGGGAACGGGAACGGGAUCGUAUCGGUCGGUCGCACCCGAGAUCAUCACUGGAAAGAGGAGCGCCGGAAAGAGGGGGACGGAGUGGAGGGCUACCGGCGGGUCGUGCCGGCCGCCAGCACCGAGGAGAUCCUGUGGGACUGGCAGGUGGCAUCGUUGCUGCUCGCCAUCAUCGGCUGCUUGCUGUUCCUGCUCGCUGCCGCCUGCGUCGCCCUCAACCAGAGCCGUCAGUGGCGCCGCAUCGAGAAGCACUUUGACGCCGAUAUGGAAGCAUUAUCGGCCCAGCUCGUGAGCCAUCUGGCCAGCAUGCAGCAUCUCGAGAGUGGUCCGAUCCUGCUGGAGAACUUCGAUCACGGCCGGCUGCGCAGUACCGGCCACCAUCCGAUCGAGGUCCGGUGCGUCUAUCUCGACCAGCUGCUUGAUGAGAAAUGUGCCCAGAAGGCGCACAACGUCCCGCCCAAGGCGGGCAACCUGUACAUCGAGGAGACGAUCGACACGUCCCGCGUCCAGUCACAGGCCCCGUCCCGCCAGCCCCGAUCGCCGGCAUCACGCCCACCGACGGGGGCCGCUGCCACCAACAGCACCACUCCACCGCCGCUCACUCUCAUCCGCCACUACUAGGGCGUACUAGGCCAGUGUGCAGCACCACGGAGGGGAGAAGUGCACUGGACCGGCAGGAAGUCGACAAAUCGAGCAGCGGCGUAAUGUAACUAGCCGUUGGCGCUCUCCUAAGAAAAGUGGGAACUCAGUGGGAGGGAAACGAAACGUUUAUUAUGCGAAGAUUUUGGGGCGCACGGGAAGUGAAUGCGGGCAAAAAGGGCGGGUCAGGCUUAGACUAACAAUUAUUUAAAUCUGUACAAAAUCACCCGCAAAGAGUUACAUAUUUAGCUUACCUUUCCGCUCCCCCCCCCUUCCUCAAUUUAUAUCCUUAUCCUUUCCGCUAAUCCAAGCUGUCGAUUAUUCGGGGAGUCGAGGAAUGUGUUUAAGAAAAGGAACGUUUUAAGCAAGUUAGCCCAUAAUGGGAAUGUCGAAACGCAUACAGAGAGAGAGAUUAAGAGAAGAAGAGAAAAAAAGAAGAAAGAAGAAAGAGUAAGAGCGAUAGAGGAAAGAGAGGAAGCGAAAAUAAUGAAAGAAAGAUAAGGAAAAAUGCAGUAAGAUAAACCUAAUAAGCAAAGAUGUGCCUUUAAGUGUUAGUGUACAUAUACCUAUACAUAUCCCUUAACCCUUUGCCGCGCACACACACAGCGCACAGUCUCAGCUACACCCUGUAAUCUGUAGUAGGAUGUGUAUAUAUGUAUGUGUGUGCGUGUUUAUGUAUUAGUGUUUUUAGCGAGUGCAAAAUGUCGAACCAAACAUGCUUAAAACAAAACAAAAAACGAUAGCAGCGUUGUAUAAGGACGGUAUGCCGUACGUGUGCCCCCUAACCCUUAUUUGCUUGCUUGUUAGUAGUUGUAGUUAAGCCAGUAAACUAUCCGCACAACCUAACCUGUCUGUUACUGCGUCUGUUCGUCGCUGGAUUCGCUUCCAACUGGGAAGUUGCGCUGGGCGGAGAAACCGAAAAGGUUUACGAAAUCGAAAAAACAAGGAGAAACAUACAGAGAGAAAUAGAGAGAGAGAGAGGGAGAGAGAGAGAGAGAGAAAGAGAGAAGAGAAUAGGAAUGGCAACGGCAAUGGUAAAAGAAAGAGAAGAAAAGAAAAACACAAGGCCCAGAAAACACGACGCACCACCAAACAUUAUGGUCACGUUCAA